CUGUUUCCGAUAUUCGUCGUGAGCAUGCUCGGGACGUUUUUGAUUCCGGCGACGAUCGCGCGACUGGCGAGCGCGGCGACGAAGACGGAACGCGGGAGCGGAGAGGGGAAGGGUGACGCGGCGAGCUCGAAGAAGCAGACGCAGACGAUAUCGACGGAGAUUAGUGACGUAGAGAGGACCAAUUUGUGGUACACGCUCGGGUGGAUCGUGAUGAUCGCGCUGUCCGUGUACAUCACGAGAACGCCGUUACAGGAGAAACGGUUCGAUCCGUACGAUAUCUUGGACCUGCGCGUGGGGGCGAGCACGAAGGAAAUUAAGAGCGCGUACAGAAAGUUGUCGCUCAAGUAUCACCCAGACAAGAACCCGGAUCCCGCGGCGGCGGUUUAUUUCGCCGAGUCCAUCGCGCCGGCGUACAAGACGCUGACGGACGAUGUCGCGCGAGAGAACUACGAAAAGUACGGUCAUCCUGAUGGUAAACAGAGCACCAAGCUCGGCAUCGCGUUGCCCGAGCAACUUUUUGGAAAGGGUGGCAUGGCGCCGGUGAUGCUCAUCGUGCUCGUUGUCGGAGGUAUCAUGCUUCCGCUUUUCAUCGCUAUGUGUUCGAUCCGUAAAAUGAACAAAUUUGGUGGAAACAACGUGCUCAAGCAGACACAGGUUAAUUACGCGCGCAUGUUAAAGCCGGUGCUCGCGCUCUCAAAGGUUCCGGAGACGCUCGCCGUGGCGCACGAAUUCAUCGAGACGCCGUUCCUCGAUGGACAAGAUGCGGCCGUAAGCCAGCUUCUCAAAGAUUACAAGAACGAGUACGAAUCGAAAGAUCAAAAGCUCAUGAAGCGGUUGCCGACCAUCAUCAAAGCACACAUGUUGAUCCUUACUCAGACGUCCCGGCGUGCGGCUUCGCUUCCACCUGUGCUCUCCGCGGAUGCUAAAAAAUUGGUGCUCACCCUGCCUCGAUUGAUCGAAGAGUUGCUCAAGAUCGCAGCGAUGCCAAUCAACCGCGCCGGUCAUUCGUACGCGCGACCGCAGAUCAGCGUCAUGGAGUUUUACCAAUGCUUCACUCAAGGCGUGCCUCUUUCUUCGCGAAAGCGAGAUGAAGACGGAAACGCGAGUUUGCUUCAGCUCCCACAUUUCUCCACGGAAAACCUCAACGGUGUUGCAAAAAAGUGCAAAUCCCUGCACGCGCUGAUGAAAUUAUCGAGCGAGGAUCGCAAAAAGCUGUUGAUUGGCGCAAGAUUUUCUGAGGCCGCGACGAAGGAUGUCGAGCGUCAGCUCGCGGUGAUCCCACGUGUGACGACUUUUGAGGCGAAAAUAUCUGUCGACGACGACGACGACACCAUCAUGGAAGGAGAUUUUGUCACCGCGAAGCUCAAGAUUAAAAUUGGACGAUCUGGUGGACCGCUAGGUGGCGCGUUGCCUCCGUUACCGUUUUGCGCCGCUGAUCGUACAGAGGGUUGGCGCGUGUUCGUGUACGAUCAAUCCACGAACACCCUCUUAGCUAGCUCGACGUUAAAGCAGCGCGAUGUAGAGAAGGCUGAGCGCGGGGAUGAACCUUUGGAUUUGUCUGUCCAGUUCGUCGGCUUGCCGAGCGGUAUGUACAACGUGGGCGUGUCGCUGAUGAGCGACUAUUGGAUUGGUGUCGACGCCAAGGUUUCGUGCAUGAUGAAGGUGCUGAAGCCCACCGCGACGAACGUGGCAGCGCGCGAAGCCAAGUCCGCAUCGCGUUCGGACGUCACGAAACCGAACGCUGAAGUGGAGGAGGAAGAAUCGAGCGAAUCGGACUAUAGCGAUGACGACGAGGACGAUUACAGCGAUGAGGACUAUCCUUCGGAUGAAACGGGAACGUCGGAAUCCGAUGAUGAAGCCCGGGCUAGAAUUGACGCGAUGCGACGUCCUGAACAGACCAAAAACACAGUAAAGGAAGGUGCGACCGCUGCAAAACCGGCGUCAGUGCCGCAGCGAAAGACAUCGACAUUUGGACAGAAGGCGGCAGCGGCACGUCCCUCGAUUCCAGGGCAAGCGGUUGUCCAGCAGACGCCGGCCACGGAAAAACCGGUCGUCGCCGAGGAAGUAAAGCCGGAUACUGUUGAUAACGUAGACUAA